AUGAUCUUCGUCGAUUUUCCAUCGAACGAUGUUGACGUCAGUGCCCGAGCGAGGUCGAACCGUGUUGUCCGCGCCCGCCAACAGCUCGCCAAACAGCCCGACCAGUUUCGCCAGCAGAACAUCGGUACUGCAGUCUCCAACACAAUGUUCCCCCGCGCAUCCAUCGGUUCCCUCCCACGGACAGGUGAACGCCUUGUCCCUGCCCUCAGCUACGGGGUAAGUGACACCCGUCCGCGUCCGCGAGGGGGGGUAGACAGUCUCGACAAACAGUGUUGCCGCACGGCAAUCGGAGCGGCGUACGUAACGGGCGCCAGCAUUGCUUACACUGGAUCAGCCGAAUGA